GGCUCGGACAGAAGCGGGCACACGCUCUCCGCACCGCCUGUCUCAUGGGUUACAGCUCGCCAAGGAUCUACUGCACCCCUCCCUGGAGGACGAGAAGAGAAAACACAAGAAGAAACGGCUUGUGCAGAGCCCAAACUCUUACUUCAUGGAUGUAAAAUGUCCAGGAUGCUACAAGAUCACUACAGUGUUCAGUCAUGCUCAGACAGUAGUUCUGUGUGUGGGGUGCUCGACUAUCCUGUGUCAGCCUACUGGGGGGAAAGCCAGGCUCACAGAAGGUUGUUCAUUUAGAAGAAAGCAACACUGAACACUUCAGCAUGUGAUUUUGGUUCUGAAUUCCUGAAAGCCUUAGUUUAAAAAUGCCUCAAUACAACAAUGUAAUUACAACUUAUUUUGUAAAAAUUACAUGCUUCUGGUGACUAAUGAGCUGGAAUCUCUCUUUCAGUAAAAGAUCUGAAGUGCAAGUUUCUCCUGCAAUUUUGCAGCCAGCUUCUAAACAGUGUAUUGCUCAUUGGCUGGUGUCAUUUAAUAUAAAAACCUUGGAACUUCCUACAUACUUCCCAUUAAGCAUCAGCUACAGUAGAUAAGAUGAAGAGGGUGCCAGAAACUGCUGUAAGAAAGCAGUUUGUAUGCUUUGUUAUUGCAGCAGCCCUAAUUUGCAAGGGCUGCAAAUGCUAGAUGGAUUUUCAAUGGCUCAUUUGCUUUCAGCAUUGCUUUAGUCCCAUUAUCAUGUUGAGCAAUGUACUGAUAAAUAAAAAUAUAAAGUUACUCACUUAUGUUCAGCUGUUUUUCUGGAAUGCAUGAAUUUUACUUUCCCCUAAUCUGGCCUCAAAACUGUAUUUGGUAUUCUGUACUGAUAUUUCUGUAGAAAACAAAACAAAACAAGCAGGGAGUCUUGCAAAAUACUUAAAGUGUUCACUAUAGAGAAUGCAUACAGUAUAAGCAACGGGAAGGCACCAAACUACACUAACAGCUGUGAAUGGUGUCCAGUCAUUACCAAAACUUGAACAGCAGAGCCAUGCAUAUUUUCACAUUAAAUAAUUACCUCUUUUACUGAAGAAAGAGUUUGGAUUUUUUUUUAAGCCAUCCCUUUCUGAAUGACUGUUAAAAAGUGGGGGGGUUUAAACUAAGGGAAAACAUUAGAAGUCUACUAAUUUACUAAAUUGUAUCUCAAGUUGUAUACCAAUGUGUCUUUCAAAGUAUGAGCUGUCUUGCUGGGCCAGUUAUUGUUGCGAGUUCCUAUUUAACCUGAGUUCUUUUCAUGACUUUUAAAAUGUGUGUUUCUCAUCAAUAAAGAAAAAUAAAACCUAAUCUUAGAAUUCA